GAGCAGGACCAGAUAGACGGCAUCAGGGACAAGAAUGGGCAAGCGGAAACACGACGAGACUGAGGAGGAGCGCAAGAUUCGCAAGGCCGAGAAGAAGGCCAAGAAGGCAGCAAAAGCAGCGGCAGCAGAGGGGAGUGAUGUGAAGGAAUCAACCAAAAAGACGACGAAUGGCACUAGCGCCAGCACGGCCGGCGAGCUGAGCCAGGAGGAAGUGGAUGCAUACUACAAAAAGCACACUAUCGAGGUGACAACGCCCGAUGAGAGCCCCUUGCCGCCCAUCGUGCGCUUUGAUCAAUUACAAGUGCACGCGAGCAUCAAAUCAGAACUCUCUGGCUUCAAGGAGCCAUCACCCAUUCAAGCAGCCUCUUGGCCGCAUUUACUCGCUGGAAAAGAUGUCGUCGGUAUUGCAGAGACGGGAUCCGGCAAGACUUUUGCAUUCGGUGUACCAGCAAUGCAAUAUUUAUUGGAUCUCGAGAAGCGCACAGGCAUUCAUGUUUUGGUUGUUGCGCCGACGCGAGAGUUGGCCAUCCAAACGAGUGAUAAUCUCAAUCUCCUCGGCAAGGAGAGUAAAAUACGCAGUGUCUGCAUCUACGGCGGUGUUUCAAAGGACACACAACGCACAGCAUUGAAGAAGGCGAAUAUUGUGGUCGGCACACCAGGCCGUAUCAACGACAUGCUGGAUGACGGUACCCUAGAUUUCAGUCACGUUGCAUACCUCGUCCUGGAUGAAGCGGAUCGCAUGCUCGACAAAGGAUUCGAAGAGGACAUCAAAAAGAUCAUUGGCGCGUGUCCUGAUCCAGAGAAAGGUGGUAACAGGCAAACACUCAUGUUCUCAGCUACUUGGCCAGAGAUUGUUCGGAAGCUCGCUGGUACAUUUAUGCGCAACCCCGUCAAAGUGACAAUUGGCUCACUCGAGCUGUCUGCCAACGUGCGCGUGACGCAGAAAGUGGAAGUUCUGGCUGAGCAGCGUGACAAGGAGUACCGCCUUCAGCAACUCAUCAAGCAAUACCAGUCCGGCAAGAACAAAAGCGAUCGCAUCCUUAUCUUUGCCCUAUACAAGAAGGAAGCCGCCCGGGUAGAGCAAACACUAAAGUAUAAAGGUCACAAUGUGGCUGCCAUCCAUGGCGAUAUGUCCCAAGUACAACGGGAACAGGCUCUCGCACAAUUCAAGUCUGGUGCUUGUCCAUUGUUGGUGGCAACCGAUGUUGCUGCGCGUGGAUUGGACAUUCCGAAUGUCACACUUGUCAUCAACUUGACCUUUCCCUUGACCAUUGAAGAUUAUGUCCAUCGUAUUGGCCGGACUGGUCGAGGUGGCUUGACGGGUGUAGCCAUCACUUUGUUCACCAAGGAGGACAAAGCACACUCCGGCACGCUCAUCAACGUCUUGAAGCAAGCUAAGCAAGAAGUUCCUGAAGAGUUGAUGAAAUUUGGCACCACCACCAAGCCAAAGCUGGACGUCUAUGGUCGCCGCAUAGAGGCAGACGCCGAGCCAAUGAAGAAGGCGACUAAGAUCGUCUUUGACUAGGCCACCCUUGACGUAGACUCUGUAUAUAAUUACUCUUCUACUAAAGUCU